ACGUAUAGAUUAUAAUGUUCAACAAUAUAAAAGCAUAUGAAUCACUAUUUAUACGAGCAUUAAAUGAUAAGCUCUGACUCCGUAGCUUUUGUGAAUUUUGUGCUAAUACAAGCAUAAGUUGAGAGAUGGAAUCAAGUCAGCAGAAAGAAAAGUUACGAGACAAAAUACAAGGCAUAAUUUUCGGCGCCGCUCUGGGUGAUGCUUUCGGAUUGGCUACAGAGUUCAUGAAUAAAGAAACAGCACGAAAACUCUACGGCGAUGGUCCGAUCAAAUUUGGAUUGGCAAAAGGUCACGAAUUCUACAGAGAUGGGCACAGAUGCCGAUGGCAUGAAAAUGACUUCACCGAUGAUACUGAUCAAAUGCUGUUGAUUCUGCAAUGUUUAUUGUCAUCGGAUGGACUUCUUAUACCUCAGGAAUUCGCAUAUAGCCUUAAAGAAUGGACCGAAAUUGGAUUCCCGGAACUGGACAACAAGACAUGCUGUGGUGUCGGGUUUACAGUUGGCUGUGUAAUAGGACACACCCAAUUCGAAACGAAUCCGCACAAAGCUGCACUCGACAUUUGGCAAGCGAACGACCGCAAUCUUGCAGCUAAUGGCGCUGUAAUGAGAACUUCUGUAUUGGGCAUUUCGCUAUUCCACGACGAAUCGCAUGUUGUGCGAAAUGCCGCUAAUUGUGCGAAGGUAACUCAUGCCGAUCCACGAUGCAUUUUCUCUGCUGUAGUCGUAUCGGUACUCAUUUCAAGAAUGCUAAGGAUGGAGAUUGGGAGUACUCGAAAGUACAAUAUUCCGGACAGCGAAAAAGAGAAACUGUUGAAACUUAUCAACAGCGACGCAACUGAAAACUACGAUGAACCGACUGGGACAGCACUGAAAAGUAUUCUUUCUCCAAAAUCAGUGCAGAAAGACAAAUCACGAAAUAUAUUACAGUCGUUGUGGUCUCCAAUAGCGCGUAAAUUUGUAAAGAAACCGGCGAUGGGUUCGUUCUCCUUACCAAGUCAUAGACCCAUCGAUCCGUUACGCAUACAAACACCGGCGGUAUGUUCAAAUGAUCCUGACCGGUUUUCUACAACACUAUGCGGUCAAAAUGAUCUCUUGAUGAGAAUGAUCGAAGAAGUGGUGUCCGAUUACAGCUUUCUCAUCGACAAACAACAAACCCAGUGGAAUGCGGACGUGGAAAGAAUGUGUCCUCCAAAGAAUCUGCACGAUUUGCAAUUGGACGAGCGACGAUCCAUAGGCUACACCCUAAAGUGUGUGGGCUCUGCUCUAUUCUGUUUCAGCCGAAACAAAGCUGAUGAUAUGAAGAGUGGUGACUUUUUCAUAAGAAUAAUUACCGAUCUAACGUUGGAAGCUGGUGAUGCGGACACAAAUGCCGCUGUUGCUGGAGCUCUUCUGGGAUGUCGUUUGGGCUUCAAAGGAUUGCCCAGCCAAUGGCUGAAUGGGCUUAGACAUCGAAAGUUUCUGAUGGAGAUUUGUGAUGAAUUACUGGAGCUUGUCAUGAAACAGCUGUCGAAAUCGAAACAGGAAAUCCAUGGCGCACAAGGACUUUAAUAGAAUGCCUUUUCUAUUAUACAUUUUACAAUUUCCAUAAACAUGACGUCAUAUUAAUUUACCACUUGAACAUUUUGCUAAUAAAAUGAACCGAAAUGGAU